UGGGGCUUCCCGGUGUUAAAUCAACAUUGAGGUACUCUCAGAAUUGAAGUGUUAGAGAGAAGGAGGAGCGCGCCCGACCCCCAGUCGCUCACUCAUCAUCAGGUGUAGUUUGCCCGUCUGCACACAUCUACCUUUUCAUUUGGUGUGAUUGAUUUACGGAGAGAAGAAAGAAUGGUCCUGCUAGGUCACCUCCAACAACAAGGUUUGGAACAAGCGCCAGAGCCACACAUCGAACCGGUCCGUCCCGCGAUGGCGAUGCCUCUCCCGGAGGAGCUCAUGUCCUCCGUCCUGGUGUUUCUGAGGAUGAAGGACAUGCUGCAGUGGCGCGUCGUCUCGAGCUCGACAAAGGCAAUGUGGGCUUCAGAAAGCCAGGUGUCUCGCGUCGCGAGGCGGGUGUCGGUGGACCUGCACCUCACCCUGUCCAAGCUCAAGGCCAUCUCGCUGCUCGCGCCGAGCCCAAGGCUGGACGGCACGGAGCCCGUCGCCAAUCGCGACGUUCACAGCUCGAAGUGGGGCAAGGCUCUCAACAUCGGACACAAGGGCGCUGCCGGGCAUGUGGAGGGCAACACGAUGCCGUCAUUCCUGGAGGCCGUCAGGCUUGGCGUGGAUGUGAUCGAGUUCGACGUCCUCACGACCUCGGAUGGGGUCGUUAUCUGCCAUCACGACCCCCUCAUCGAAGAGUCUGGCGAGUGGAUCGAAAACCUGACCCUCGCCCAGACCCGCGAGAGGCUCAAGCACAGCGUGUCGACCUUCGAGGAGAUGCUCCAGGAGAAGGCCUUGUCGGAGUCCGGCGUGCACCUGUACAUCGACAUGAAGCACACCGAGAUCGUGAGGCCGGUUCUGCACGCGGUGAUGCAGGCGGUGGACCGGUGGGGGUGGACGGCGGACAGGCUCGUCGUGGCGACCUUCCGCCAGCUUGACCUUUUGCAGGUCAACGCGUUUAGGCAGGCCAUUCCCGAGCUGGCAAAUCUCCGGACCGCUUGCAUUAUGGACGGCGGGCCCCUUACCCUGGCGCGCGACUUCAAGGCGCUGAAGGUGGACAUCUUGAGCACCGGCAAGGACCACGUGAGCCCCGACCUUGUCGCCGACUGCCAGAGGCGCGGCAUCCAAGUCUGGGUGUGGACCGUCAACAGCCUGCACUUCAUGGAGCGCCUGCUGAAAAUGGGCGUGGACGGGCUUUGCACCGACUACCCGGAGCUUGUGCACGAGUCCAACAAGAGGCUCCGCCCGCAGGCGAGCCAGACCGACGCGGCGACGUUCCCGUUCCCGCAGGGGCCGGACGCGUACUCGGGCGUGGACCUCCGUGGCCUGGCCGCUCCCGCCUCGUCGGAAGGGAAGGCGGUCGUAUCGACGACGGCGACCGGCGUCGGCGGCGACAAGGACAGCGACGGCAACAACUCCUCGUCCACGGCCUCGAUGAGCGGUAGCGACGGCGGUAGCCGCAGCAAUCGUUCCAACAGUAGCGUUAGCAGCCACACGAGCUCGUCGACGACCAACAAGGCCGAGGACUCGACCGACGCGACCGUGCUGGGGGGCUGGUACAGCCGCUGCGACACGUGCGAGGAGUCGGCAGAGGGGUCGGACCAGCAGAGGCUCAUCGCGGCGCUGUACGGCGACCUUGCCGGCGUGCGGGACUUCGCCGUCCGCACGGUCGAAGACGCGAAAGUACUCGUCAAGGUAUGCUCGCGCGCCGUGGCUGUCGAGUCGUUCUUAGCGGGCGACGCCAUGCAAGGGAAGAGGGCCACGAGAGAACUCGCCGCGGCGACGGCUCUCAGCAAGGACGCGGAAACGUUGGCGGAGCAGACCCUCAGGCCGUUCGUGUCCUCCGCGGAGACGUUCAAGUGGUCCGUCGACCUCAUCUCCACGGCCCAGGGCCGGGAGUUCAUGUCGCAGCUAACCAGGAGCAUGAAGAGAGACGAGGUGUUGCCCAUGCUGCCCUUCGAGAAGGCCUUCGUUAAAGACCUUCUUGGCAUGGUCUUCAGCUGAAGAAUGCCGCACGUCCUACACCAAGCCCGUUCCCAACCGGCUUGCUAAACACGCCGCACCGCGCGCAGCACGCGUACCAUGUGCAUCCUUAAUAUCCUUCGGAUAUCUUGCUGACUCGUCGAGGUGCCACCUUGUCAUCCUUUCGUACCGGGACGGUAAAGACGCACUUGGGUACACGAUCGAGUUUUGGGGUCGUAUUUGGUUUCACUCACCAUGUUCGUGGGUGCCGACCCUCUCUGUUUAUGGCCGAGAUUUCUUUUUGUUGAACGGGAGACGUUCCUUGUUUCGCCUCCUGUUGCUGCGUGGGAGUACGUGCCAUCUUUGUUUCCUUAGUCUUUUUUUCGUUUAUGUCAUCUUGCCUUCUUACACUCGGAGCGAAAAGAAUUUUGAGCACUGGCGAACCAAGCUAGAUGUCCUUAAGGGGGCGCGCUUUUAUUUCGUUUGAUGUUUUCCGGUAGGGUGGGGUGGUCGUGGUUGGUUUGGAAAGUACGGCUGGGAGAAGAUAAUGCAUGCCAAGGUUGACGUUUAUUUUGCGUUUUUUGACGCCGAUUGACGGACCAGAUGUUUGUCGUCGUCGCGCCGACGUCUUGAAUCUACAGUAGUGGCGUCUAUCUUUGCUGGACUUGGAACCUAAGAUUUGCACACAAACCAGCCGACCUUUCACCAAUGCUAUCAACAUCUGGUUUGUGAGACAGGGUUACUUAUGUCCAGGUGUUUUUUCGCCAACGGUGCAGCUGCAGCAAGGCGACCAAUAGCACGUGCGUCUUUUUUUUGUGCCAUGCUGAUGUUAGUCUCGUAUCAAAAGGAGGGCGCACCGGUUCGGCGACGUGCCUCGUGUAGUUUUUAGCCAGCGCUCGUCCACUGCUGCUGCACAGUACUAGUAUGUAGUUGACGCUGGAUGAGUGAAGACGUGGACUGUCCCAUUGCAGUUUACUGCUGUUUGUUCUCUCUGCUUUUUGUUUGUUUCGAGUCCUUGGGUCUUCGUCUUUGGAGUCGUGAGUUAGAGGGCAGCACGGAAACCUCAUGGCUGCCGUGUCGAUCCACCCGUUGUAGGAUCGCCGCUGUAUGUUGUGUAAUUUCUGUGUAGUAGGUGUUGCACAUGACAGUAAAAUGGUUUGUGUUUGCGCGGAUUCAAGAACCUCCUUUUGUGCUGGACUAGGUGAUGAGCCAGAGAGAAGUGAGAGAUGUGGGUAAAUGUGCUGUUGUUCUGGCGGGAAGAUGGUUUCAGUUUCAGUUAAGAUAAUAUGGAUAUGGCAG